GAUAAGCGUAAUGGGUUCUUCGGUGAGACCGAUGAGUACAACGACGACCGACGACAGGAAGAGGAGCGCUGCGAGAUUGCCGAUAUCGUGGACCAGCUCGUCAACCUCGCUGAUGAGGAGGACGAAGCUUUGAUCGGAGACGCCGAUGAACAUGGAGAUCCUGAGGACGGAGUCUAUGCCGAGCUCAAGCAGAUGGGCCGCAAUUACAAGGAGGCUCGCGACUUGAUUCGGAAGCUGAGGCUUGCUCGAGACUACUACCUGGCGCUGGCGAAGGACUGCCCCGAGCGUGGCAAGGCCCGCGGCAAGGUCACGCCGAACGAUACGAUGUGGUUCGCCCUCCUCGAGCUGGGCGAGUUGGUCCUGCUCCUGGACGACGUGCCUGGCAUCUGGGCAAUCCUGGACUGCGGGGCCACCCGGAGCCUCAUCGGGGUCUCCAUGGCGGAGUACCUUACCUAUGACAUGGAGGAGAAUUUCGGACUCGAGUUCGAGGGAGACCACUCGGAGACCGUCGAGCUCUCGAUCGUGGAUUAUGAAAUGCCGCUGCUAAUCGGCAUGGACCUGCUGGGGCCCGACCGGACGAGUGCUCUGAUCGAUUGCGGGAAAGGAUACCUCAUGAUGCCUAAGAUGUCCCCACACCCCUUCGAGUGCCAGAAGAUGCCGAGCGGACACCUUGCGAUCAACGUGGCGACUCCCAAGUGGUGGGAGACCGUUUUCUGGAGCAUCCCGAACGCCAGCUACAUCGGCACCACCCUGGCGCUGGAGGAUAAGACCCUCGGCAAAG